GUUUAUGUACACAUUAUUGGAACAACACCAUGGUUUUAGAAUAUUUAGGCAUGAUGAUAAACUUGCCUAAAUGACACAGAUAAAGGCUGCAAUUGCAGUUGUUCGCAAUGGCUAUUGUUUACCUUCAACCCCAGACUUUCAGAGGCAUGGAAAAUUCAUUGUCUUGUUUGAUUUUCUUCAGAAUUGAUUUGGUUUCCAGGUACUUUAGAUCAGCUACAAUACGUGAUGAUCUAAUAAGAUAUGUGCUCUUUCUUCUGCAUUGCUCAUAUUUUGAUGCUUCUUUGAAUUUUCAUAAUGUGUUUUCUAACCAUGAAGGCAAUGUUGCCAACCAGAGGGAGCAUCUAAUUCUUCUCCUUGCCAAUAUUCACAUUCGGAAAGCUAAUAAGCAGUCUAUCUUGAAGUUAGAAGAUGUUGUUGUGGAUGAGUUAAUGAGGAAGUUCUUCAAAAAUUAUACAAACUAGUGCAAAUUCUUGCUAAGAAAAAGCAACAUUCG